CAAUUAUUGACGCUAGCGAUACUUCUGCUCUGAACACCAACCUUUCCUCAUAAUUCCGCCCAUCUACACCACACCUCACCUUUGUUUCUGUCCUGUGCAGCCCCCGCGAAGAUGGCUUCUGUGGGCUUGCGCCGGAUAGCUCUCCCUUCACGCCAGCUUUCGAGAGCUGUGCGGACACCAUCGCGACAGUUCACUCAGAGCCACCGCCUGGCAAAGAUCAUAACCAGUCAACCGCUACGAGCCAAAGAGGCCCAAACGUCCGGCUCGCAUUCGUAUCCGGUCAUCGAUCAUGAAUACGAUGCCAUUGUCGUAGGAGCGGGCGGCUCCGGUCUUCGAGCUGCCUUCGGUCUGGCAGAGGCCGGCUUCAACACCGCCUGCAUAUCAAAGCUCUUCCCUACUCGAUCGCACACUGUCGCUGCGCAGGGCGGCAUCAAUGCCGCUCUGGGAAACAUGCACGAAGACGACUGGCGAUGGCACAUGUAUGAUACUGUCAAAGGCUCGGAUUGGCUGGGAGACCAAGACGCUAUCCAUUACAUGACCCGAGAGGCGCCUCGUUCUGUCAUCGAGCUUGAGAACUACGGUUGCCCCUUCUCGCGUACCGAGGACGGCAGAAUCUACCAGCGAGCCUUCGGGGGUCAGUCACAAAAGUACGGAAAGGGUGGUCAAGCGUACCGAUGCUGCGCCGCCGCUGACAGAACUGGCCACGCUCUGCUUCAUACUCUCUAUGGUCAAUCGCUUCGCCACAACACCAAGUACUUUAUCGAGUUCUUCGCUACCGAUUUGAUCAUGGAGGAUGGCGUCUGCAAAGGUGUUAUCGCCUACAACCAGGAGGACGGCACUCUGCACAGAUUUAAGGCCCAGAACACCGUCCUUGCCACCGGUGGCUACGGUCGUGCCUACUUCAGCUGCACAUCUGCCCACACUUGCACAGGUGAUGGUAUGGCCAUGGUCGCUCGUGCUGGUCUUCCCAACCAGGAUCUUGAGUUUGUUCAGUUCCACCCAACCGGUAUCUAUGGCGCUGGGUGCUUGAUUACGGAAGGCUCUCGUGGUGAGGGUGGAUACCUCAUCAACUCUGAGGGUGAACGCUUCAUGGAACGAUACGCUCCAACGGCUAAGGACCUUGCCUCUCGCGACGUCGUUUCUCGCUCAAUGACCAUGGAAAUUCGUGAGGGACGUGGUGUAGGCCCAGAAAAGGACCACAUCUACCUCCAGCUUAGCCACUUGCCACCAGAGGUCCUCCACGACCGCCUGCCAGGUAUCUCUGAGACGGCAGCUAUCUUCGCAGGUGUCGAUGUCCGGAAGCAGCCCAUCCCUGUUCUGCCAACCGUUCAUUACAACAUGGGUGGCAUUCCAACCAAGUACACUGGUGAAGUCCUCACCGUCGACAAGGACGGCAAGGAUCAGGUCGUGCCGGGAUUGUUUGCCUGCGGCGAGGCUGCUUGCGUGUCCGUCCAUGGUGCCAAUCGUCUUGGUGCUAACUCGUUGCUUGACCUCAUCGUGUUCGGCCGUGCUGUUUCGCACACCAUCCGCGACAACUUCAAACCAGGCUACAAGCACGAGGAGCUUUCGCCCGAUGCCGGUGCCGAGAGUAUUCGCGUCAUUGAUGAGUUGCGUACUGCAGAUGGUCCGAAGAGCACGGCCGAGAUUCGUCUCGCCAUGCAGAAGGUCAUGCAGACCGAUGUCAGCGUGUUCAGAACUCAGGAAUCGCUUGACGAGGGUGUCAGGAGGAUCCAUGAGGUCGACAAGUCAUUCAGCCAGGUUGGAACCAAGGACAGAAGUAUGAUCUGGAACUCGGAUCUCGUCGAGACACUCGAGCUUAGGAACUUGUUGACAUGCGCUGUUCAAACCGCUGAGGCUGCGGCCAACCGAAAGGAAUCACGUGGAGCUCACGCUCGCGAGGAUUACCCCGAGCGCGACGACGAGAACUGGAUGAAGCACACUCUGACAUGGCAGAAGAAGCCGCAUGACAAGGUCGACAUCGGAUACCGUGCCGUGACGAUGCACACCCUUGACGAGGCCGAAUGCAAGUCUGUGCCACCGUUCAAGAGAACUUACUAAGCUGAGCAUAUGUGCAUGCUUCGUUCGCUCAUCUUUCUCUAGGUACAUUCAGUGUAGUAUAAAGCAUCACCUUGUUGUUAUCGUCUCUCUGAUCGUCAGAUUUGUGUCUCUUUUGGAAAUUGGUUCUGUGACGGCUGAGAAGGGAAAAAAAUGAUGAGCAGGUGCACUUUACAAUAAGUGUACGUGUGCGUGUGUGUAGAAAAUGUUGAAUGCAGUGUGGACAUCCCCGUACGCGUGCCCGUGAUCCGCUUUGAAUUUCUCGACAGUAGAAUCCAAGAACGUUUCCGGCACAAUGUGUCACGCUGAUGGAAUGUUUGUCACCCUGAGAGCCACAGUAAAAUAUAUGUACAAGAAACGAGGGCAUUUUUCCACAGGCGAGAGAAAAGAAAAUUGGGUAUUCGCGUU